AGGUCCGCACUCCGCGGAGUCGUGCGUUACGUUUGGUACGCGUCAACAUCAUCAGCUGUUGUUACGUUCUUCCAUGAAAUGACAGUUUCGUGGAGGUUCAUAAUGUGGAAAUCAUUUUCGUGAGGGUGUUUCGUGUACCGCACAGGCGAGCCGUGUCUGAUCUUAUUUCUGGGAAAGAUGAACGGGAGCCUGGGAAUAAUGCGCGGACCAGAGCAACAUCCACAAAGGUUCGCGGAUUAUUUUGUCAUAUGCGGACUGGACAAAGAUUCGGGUUUGGAACCGGACAAAUAUUUUGGAGACUCUUUGCAAUGUACGCCUCUGGAUCGAGCAUACAAGAGUAAAGUUUUGGGACAUUAUCCGGAUUCUGUACCAUGGAACCCUUUCGACGAACACGCUGUCUGCAUGCUCUGCUUGCCGAGCGGCCUGAGAUUCCGAACACAGAAACACUCGGUAGAACCAACUUUCCACUCGUUCGUACUGACGAAGGAAGACGGGCACAGAACGUACGGGUUCAGCCUUGUUUUCUACGAGGAGUGCCGGAAUCGCAAGAUAUGCGCGGCUAUGCAAACCCUCCAGGCGAUGCAUAUCACGGAACUGAGCAGCGGUCAAAACGGUACACCACCAACGGUACGGAAAGGCCAGGAUGGACAUAACACGCGAUCGUUGCCACGGCAUUUCAAGUUAUCAGCACAUUCACCGAGCGCUGCGUUAGGCUACUAUGAUUCUACCAAAGACAAGUUGCUAGUGACUAAAUCGAUAUCCUUGCUAUGCCAGCAGCCUUACCUUCAUGCCGCGAAAACGUUCCUCACUAAUCUCUACAAAUGUGUUCCUAGACAUCCAGGACCUGGUCUUAGUUUAGAAUCCUACGUAUACAGUCUCCUUUAUAAUGUACCGGUUCCGUUGCUUGGAAAGUCGCUAAAGUUCUUCGUUCCCAACGACGAGCCAGCUAAAUCACCAUUGGAACUGGUGAUACAUCAGCCAACACCGUCUCAGGAACUGCCGAUGCUAGAUUACUCUUUGAAAGACAUGUUCACAUGGCUUGGCGCUGACUGCGUCAUUCAGUUGUUCACGUGUGUCUUACUGGAGAAUCAAGUAUUGCUUAGGAGCUCGGAUUUCCAUAAACUGAUGGUGGUGUCCGAGUGUAUAACGGCGCUUCUGUUUCCAUUUUCCUGGCAACACGUAUACGUGCCGAUAUUACCCGCCAGUUUACAACAUUUCUUAGACGCGCCUGUGCCAUUUAUAAUGGGCUUGCACGCGCAAAGCGAGGGCGGUGUACUGAACAUUGCUAGCGAAGCAAAUCUUUGUUAUGUAGAUAUAGAUAAGCAAAGUAGUCAAUUUCCAGAAGAAUUACCCGUGUUUCCUCAUAAAAUGCAAUUCAUUGCUGAGAUUAGAGCUCUCUUAAACAAGUACAAAGUACCACUUACAGGAAAGACUGAUAAUAUGGUCAUAAAUCAUUAUAACGGCGACAUCAUGACUAGUAGUUUGACGCUUCCUGGUUCUGGAUUCCACCUUCCUCGUAGAAAACACUCGUUACACGAUGUAUUGGAUUGGGAUCGACCGGAACCGCCUCAGCAAUCGGACACUUUGCAGAGGAGAGUAGAUGUCGUUAAAAGGACAGGGGUAAACGUAGAGGAUAUUGAAUCAGUUGAAGAUAAUUAUGUUAAGGAACGAAUACUCACGCCUCAAGAAGAGUAUCGGGAGAUGCUUAUAUUUAAUAAUGCGAUUAGAGAAAUUUUUUUGAAUCGUUUUGUACAGAUCUUUUCUAGCUAUGAACAUUUCGUUAUUCAACCAAGCCAGGACAAAAACGAGUGGUUGAAUAAUAGGGACAGCAUGCAUGUUUUUGAUAAAGCUACAUUUUUAUCCGAUCAACCGACGCAACAUUUGCCAUUUUUAUCGAGGUUCCUAGAGACGCAAAUGUUUGCUUCUCUGGUCGACAGUAAAGUUAUGUCAACGUGGAGCGAGUUAGACUUCAAUAUACGGGUUUUCGAUCAAAGAAUUUCUUUCUUAAGAAAAAAGGUUGGCGAGGGUAUUGUACGUUCAACGCGUUACGAGCCCUGUACAAGCAUAGAUGAAUCGCAAAAAGUGUUGGAGCAAAGAUUAACGAACGUGGAUUUUGAAACAAAUCCACCCACUGAGAUUCUUCCUCAUAGAGCGGCAUAUUUUAGAAGUUUCCCUUUAUUAGACAACGUUGCUUUAAACAAGGAACCGGCUCAAAGUAUACUUCGUAGUCGAAGAGGACAGACUCAAUGGAAGUAUAAAAUGAAAUCUAUGGAGUCGAACGGUAAAACAACAGCACCUCAAGAAACUCAAUCGCCUCGACCACAAACCAAGCUCUCUGCAGACAUGAGUCCAGCCUUGAUAGCUCAAGCUAAUUGGACGUUUGUUGAAAAAUUGCUCAAGGAUUGCAAGUCAAAAACAAAAAGAAUGUUGGUUGAAAAAAUGGGUUCUGAAGCUGUUGCAUUGGGUCAUGGUGGAGAAUCAUUGUCCGAUGUGGAAGAAAAUACAUUAGUCGCCAGUCUCUGUGAUCUUUUGGAACGAGUUUGGAGCCAUGGAUUACAAAAUAAGCAAGGAAAAAGCGCCCUUUGGUCGCACCUUACCAUGUAUCAAGCAUUGGAAGAAUGUAACGAUCCUAACAAACCCAUAGAUCCUAAUUUUCUUUCUCCUGCCAAGAAAUCCUCGAAUACUUUUUUUGGAUUAUCGGACCGUUUAAUUUCCACCUUAAAGGGCAAAAAUAUUUUUGAAAUUGCUUCUUAUAUCAAGGAGAAUUUUAAUGAUCUACCAAAUUUGGCAUUGGAAAUUGACUCGCCUACGCGAGGAACAGAUAAACAUAAAUCUCCUGGAGAUAGAAAGAUCGGUCCUGAACAUCUUAGGCCUUUACCCGACUCUUUGCUUUUUGAUAUUCGAAACGUGCAAGCCAUGACCGAUAUCAAAACCCAUAUUGGAUAUGCCAGAGCUUGGGUUCGAUUGGCACUUGAGAAGAAACUCCUUUCUCGUCAUUUGAAAACUCUCUUAUCACAUACUAGGUUGCUGAGGAGUCAAUACAAGCGCUCUGCAUUCUUGCGUUGCGAAGAAGAAAAGGAACAAUUCCUUUACCAUCUUCUGACGUUAAAUGCUGUUGAUUAUUUCUGUUUCACUAAUAAUUAUCCGACCACAAAACUGCCGUACAGGGUGGUCAUAUUUCCUAGUCGAAAAGCGAGUGCAGCUACCACUUCAGCAAAUAGUUGGAUCGCUAUAUCAGGCACUCUAUGUGAAACAAAUCCCGUCCCGAUUCCUAAGGGAGCAUUGGAAUUUGUGUUUCAUCACAAAAAUUUGGGGGUAAUUUCUACGUUACGUAUAGGUCAUGACAAUACAGGUCUUUCACCUAAGUGGAUGGUAGAACAUGUUGUAGUGAGAAAUGAAGUGACAGGGCAUACGUUCAAAUUUCCAUGUGGCAGAUGGCUUGGUAGAGGCAUCGAUGAUGGUUCUACCGAGAGAUUAUUAGUAGGUGCUCUUGUGCCCCGUUGUAUUGAUAGCGAAGAAUUGGUUGAGACGUGUUCGACACCACCAAGAUGUAGGUCACCUAGUAUACCUAGGCGACCCAUAUUAUCUCCAGUUGAACUUCAACAUAUGUUGGGCGAAUCUGUAAACGCAAUUGUGAAGUUUCACUAUAGAAGAGAGUGUCAAGAUGGCUCUUUAACGGCGUUGCUCUGUGGCGAGGGUGGUCUCGUGCCAUCUUUAGAACAAAUAUUUUUAUUUGGGUUUAAAAAUCAGAGGAUAUUUGGGCGAAAUUUUUAUGUUUGGGAUUACCUCUUACGUGUAAAGGAGAACUUCGACAUUUUUUUGUUGGAGGAAAUGGACGAAUAUUCGCAAAAAAUGAAUCGAGAUAGACGAGUUCACACAGCGAACAAUCACAGAUUCACCUCUUUAAGAUGUUACUGUCACCUCAUUGAUCAAAUUAACAUGUUCAGUCAGACUCUUGGUAAAGAUGGAAAGUUUCAAUUAUUCAUUUGCUUAGCAGCAAGAGAGCAGCUUCUUCAUUUGAUGCUUCGACCCAUGAGUGAAGCCCGCUCUACGGCGGAUAUGUACGAUGAAACUUCCUUUUUAAGGAAUCCAAUAUUAUUAAAUUUCCUCAUUAAAAUUCUUGAACCAUUAAGCGAAUUUCACAUUGUUCUUGAAAAAAGUUUGACUCAUGGAAUUUCUAGUAUAUGUUAAUUUAUCAUGAACAUUCCAGGUGAUUAGGAUAUGUUUCUUCGAAGCGGCACAAUUUACCAAAUUCUAAAUAGUACGGGAUGAAAAGAAAUAAGUAUUAAGAUGUCGACAAAAAUGAGGAACUUUGUAAAACCUAUUAUUAAGAAGUUAAGAAGAAUUUAAUAAUGCAAAUGAAGACUGUUAUGCAAAAUGUAAAAUAGUCGUUUUAGAUAACAAAACUAUUUGACAGAGAAUUAUUACAUGGAGUGAUAAUGAAAGCAUAGAUCUUGCCCUGUUCUGAAAGCUUAUGAAUAUUAUGACAGUGAGAAUUCAGUGCAAAGAUAAACUAUCUAAUUUGGCCCAUCUUGCCGUAGAUAUUAGGAAGCAACAAAGAGUUUGUUGAAACAGACGUAUCGUGUACCAAAGAUGUGAUCCUAUUAGUUAUACUAAUUAGUAUUAUUGAUAUUGUCAUUAUUAUUAAGGAUUUAGUUUUUCUACAAUCUUGAACGUAAGCAGACAAACGUAUAUGAAGUGUGCAAACAACGUACAUCGCAACAAUGAACAAUUAUUUAUUGUUUCAAGUAAAUAACAAAACAAAUUUUCUCGCAAAAAAUUGAAUUGGAGAAAUAGAAUUACGUUCUAUUAUAUAAAAAUCUUGAAUAAUUUUUUCAAAUCAUGCUGCAUCUAAUGAUUGAUCUAUCCAUAAUUUUUAUAAAUUUCUCUACGUUGUUUUCUCACACUUGUCAACAAAUGCUUAUACUAUCGUCUAAUACUCCUUCUUAAACAACUGUUACGAAAUUCUCAUUUUUAUUAAUUGACGUAGCUUAAAGUACAAAUAAUUAAAAUGUGUUAAUUGCAACUUUUCAUAAUAUUUUACGCACGCAAUUUUUUUUUUUUUUUUAUAAAAUUUGAGAUCCAAUCGGUGUAAUGUAAUGAAGUCAAAAUGACGUAAUACGUUGUGAAAAACAUUUAAGUAUAUAUUGAAAAAAUGGACCAAAGGACUUAAUUUAUUAAAAGUUUUAAAGCGUGGCAGUUCGUUUUUAACAUGCAGAAUACACAGCAUCGGUACUGAUUGCUCUUUAAGAUUUUAAUGUACUUGAUAACUGGAUUAGACCGAUUAAUACUAAUAAUGUUUCGAAGAAAUAGCUUUCAGAGUACAAUUUUACUGCUAGUGUUCCACGGACGUUCACAACUCAUAGAUAAAAAAUCGUUCUAUCACAUUAUUAAGUCGUAUGUCAGUCGUAUUAAUUUCAUUGCGAGCCUUUCGCAUCUGUGUGGCCAAAUAUAACAGUUCAUAGCAUCGCCUUGCAUCUAAAUCCAUUAACAUAAGAUUACAAUUUUAAUUUCAAAUACUAUCUAUUAAUUGAAAAUAAUUCUUUUGUUCUUUAUCAUUUGUUAUGUAUGCUCAGGUACAAAUUGAAUGAAAAACAAUGUGUUAAUAUAUGAAAGAGGAAUUAAAAUACAGGAAACGAGUAAAAUUUGUUGAUGUAUAAUAAGUUACUUUAUAAACAAUCUGGCAUUUAUGUUAAAAUUUCAUCUGUUAAAUAACCAUGUUACUAUAUAUUGUUAACAAAAUAUUAAGAUAAUGAAGAAUACUCGCAUAAUGAUCUGGUCUGAUCAUUCUGAAAUUUUCUAUGGAUAGGUGGAGAUAUGUAUUUUAUUUAGCUUUUAUAGGGGUUCCUGUAUAUUUUGUUGUUUUAACAAUAAUUGACGAAUGUUAUUUUAGGUAGCCAAAAAACGUGUAUUGUGAUCGUUUUAGACUGAAGAAUAAUGCGUAACAAUUUAUUUUACUUCAUUUUUAUUAUAUUUUAAUUGUGCUUUAUGUCGUCAUGUUCAAGUCACGUUAUAUGUUCAUUUCUCUUAAAGUACAUUCCAAAGUCAUUGCUGUACAAAUCUCGUUUCAUUCAUUCUAUGAAAAAUAAUAAGAUAAAAAUAUUUUUAUAAAUAUCAUGGAUCAUUAUUCCAAUUUCUUUUAAAUUAAGAUUUAUUCUUCUGUAGUUAGAACAAAUCUUUGAUUUUAACAAUUGUUUUUUACUUUGUCAAUAGUUCUGUAACGUCACUUUUACAUGAAGUCAACACAUGUUUCGAUUCAUAAUACUCAAACAAAUAAUUUAUAUGUAAAUUUCAAUUAAAAUCAUGUCCAUCUGAUCACGAUCCAUGUUCGGUUGUUCCUCAUUAUGAAAAUUAGAUUCUCUACCGAAUUUGUAUAUAAAUGAGAAAUUAUAAAGCUUUGAUGUAACGUGUAGGAUCUUUUACAAGACGACUGUCGUAUAAUAUAAUUGUAUAUAUACAAAUUGUAAAACAAAAUACUGUAAUAUUGUACAGUAGAAUAAAGGAUUGUCAAAAUAGAA